GGGGGGGGGGGGGGGGGGGGGGGGGGGGGGUGGGGGUGGGGGGGGGGAGGGGGGGGGGGGGGGGGGGGGGUGGAUGUCGGCGGAGGUGGGUGAGAACUAUAAUCACACCGACACGUACACCCACACCCCCACCCACACACCCACACCCAUACCCACACUCACACCCACACACCCACACCCACACACACCCACACCCACACCCACACACCCACACCUACACCCACACCCACACCCUCCAAAACUGAUUAACUGUUUGCAAAACAAAAUGCAACUUUUUGGCAAUCACCAUCAUUAUUCAUUUGGCUAAAGUAUCCUGAUCGGAAUUUAAGUUCAAUGACUGUGAGUAUGGCGUGCGUGUUCAAGAAAAGAUUCACACAAAAACUCACACCCUUAAAAAUAAAAAGAUCGUGAUAUUUCAUGUUUCUUGUGCCAAUAUAUGCCGAAUAGAAGGUUUGACAGCAGUAAAGCUUACAUUCCGGUUCUAUUGCAUGAAAUUCUAGCAGUAGCAUUUGGUAACUUACUUCAAUUUAUAAUCAAAAUCUGAGAAUGUCUCCCUUGUUCUUUUCACUAUAUGCUUAAAAGCUAAAGAUUUUCAUAGGUCAGAAUUUUUGCACGUUUCAUAUGAACGAAUUUAGCUCGUGUAAUGAUGUUCAGCUCCGUAGUAAAUAGCUAUACUAAUAUUUUAAAAAAUUAUAAAAACAAGUAUUGUUCCGGUUUCUUAUCUCAAUAUCUCGUAAAACGAACGAUUUUCAACGGCUGAGAAUUUUCGACUUUUUUCAUAUAUAAACGAACACUGCUUCGACUAGGAUUCAACAUUUUAAAUUAAAUAUCGAAGUUUUUUCUUAUUCGAACAUUAAAAAAAGCAAUGAUUUUCAGCAAUAAAAAAGAAUCGACUUGUUUUAUAUCAUAUAAUUCUAGCGAUGUAGUAAAUUUCAGAUCAGAAUUAGAGAAUAUGAUACUGAUGAUUUGCCUUGGUGACUUCUAAUCAUGAAUGAGUAUCUCGAAAAAUGAAGUGUUGUCGCCUUUGAAAUUUACUGUUCAACCUCAUCGGAUUGUAUACUACUAUUCAUUUCAAAAUUCAAUAUGCUCCAAUAAUUUUUGAAUAGAGUUUGCAGAAACCUACGGUUUUCACCAUUUGAGAGAGAACUUUCGGGAUCAUUGAAGUAUAUUCCAAUUAGCUGAGCUGUUGGCGCAGAUUUCCGAUAACGAUAUCCUGAAGCUGUUUUUCUUCUGAUUUAGACUUCUAAUAGAACUGAUCCAUAGAGAAAAUUUUUCUCUUUUGAUCUACACAUAGUACACACUACUAGCUUGUUUUCAUCGACAGUUAUAGGUAUUUUCUUGAGACCUCCGAUUUCAGCCAAUUAACCUGCAAUCAUCCAGCAAUACUAAUGUUAGAUUAGUUUGAAUCUCAAAACAAAUAUCACUAUUCGACCAUACAUAUCAAACCUGAAAAUUGAAUUCAAUUAUUGAAAAUUUACUUCAAUUAUUCUAUUUUCGAAUAUUUGAAGUUCAAUUAUUCAAUUAUUCCCUGUUUAACAUGUGUGGGUGCGGAGAAGGGAGUUUGGGAGAAGACGACGAAAAAUGAAUAAUUGAAUUCAACUUUCAGGUUUGACACUACUGGAAAGUGUAAAAGAGAAAAUAUUCUCUGUGAUAGCACUAUGAACAUUUAUAAAUACAAGUUCUAUAAUGGAUACCAAGAAGCAGGUUUACAUGAUUCAAUUCCAAAAAUUAACCAAUCAAAGGCAUAACAAAUUAACAUAAAAAAAUACAAAAAAUUGGGCUGUUUAACCUAUUUAGUUUUUAAUAUAAUAUUGUUUUCUUAUGUUGGUUUAACACGUGGUUCACAUAAACGAUCAUGGUCAUUUAAUAAAGGUUCACACAUUAAUUUUAACCACUAUUGA